CGUUUGAAACGAAACGAAACGAAACGAAACGAAACGAAACGAAACGAAACGAGCCAGAUGGUGUCCCCCUACGCUCCGGUGGGACGGCGGCUCCCAAGCGAAACGGGAGGGGAGGCUUCCUACCGGGCGCGGGCGGCGGCAACAGCGAUCGCCGUCCUGGUCUUUGCCUAUCGUUUCUGGAGGAAGAGGCCCGGGGGCACGGGCAAAGACGCUGGAAGCGGAAGCAGCCUCCUCCGCCUCUGCGGGCGCGUCCUGGAGGGGGCGAGGCCCGUCGCAACCGCUGGAACGACUUGCGCUGCGGCUCCCCGAGAAGAUUCAUCGGGACCCUCCCUUGUGGAGAUCCGCGAGAACAACCGAGCCAUCUCCGGCGUUCUGGGCUACUGGUUCGGCCAGAACCCCCCGGAGACCUCCCAGAAGGCGCUGUGGAUGAUCGCGUCCUCGUCGGUGGAGCACCGAAAAAAAAUCGACGCCGAGGUUGCCGCCCGCUUCGAGGGCCUCCUGCUGGAGCUGGCACGCGGCAGGGGGAGCCGACGGUGGGAACAAUGGUGCCUGGACCCCGAAAAAAUCUACGGGGCGCGGGGGAAGAUCGCUGCCGUUGUGGUUCUGGACCAGUGCUCGCGGCACGUCCUCCGGCACCACAACGGCGGCGGCGCCGGAAGCGGGGGCAGCCACCUGCCCCCACAGGAAUCCCUCGACACACUGGCGCUCGAGACGGCCAGGCUCCUGGAACGGGACCACCUUUCCGAGCUGCGAUGCGGGAUGGUCCCCCUCCCCAUGAGGGUCUUUGCCCUCAUGCCCUACCGGCACGCGGGCACGAUGGAGAGCGUGGAGCACGCCAUGGCCGCCGUCGAGGAGAUGGCGGACCUGGAGCAGCAGAACGGGGCCAUGGUCGGCAGGUUUCGCAAGGCCACCAACCGGAGGCUCGCGGUCCUACAGGACGAGCGGCGCCGGACGGGAACGGGCGGCGAAGGCACCGCCGGAGGCGUCGAUGGCAAAGCGGGGUCUUCCUUUAGCGACGACGCGAUCCUGGAAGUCUUUCCCUUCGAGGCCGACAUGGAGCCCGCCCCGCGGCACCCGGUCCACAAGACCAUCGCCGACUUUCUGGCAACCCAGGGCAUCCAUCCGCGGGCCCCCGGAAGGGCCGGGGGGUCCAAUGCCAGCGAGCCCCGGGCCGGGGACGCCAUCGUCGUCUCCCUUUCGGGCGGCGUGGACAGCAUGGUGAUUGCCUCCGUCCUGGCGGACCUCAAGCGCUCCCGCGGGUACGACCACCUAGCGAUCUCGGCCGUCCACAUCGACUAUGCCAACCGGCCGGAAUCCGGUGCGGAGGCGGACUACGUCCGGAGGUACUGCGAGCACCACCUGGGCGGGGCCAUAAGCUUUGUGUGCCGCCGCAUCGGGGAGGUGACCCGGGGGGUCACCGCCCGGGACGACUACGAGCGGAUCGCCCGGGAGAUCCGGUACGAUUCCUACCGCGAAGCGGUGGCAAGGGCUAGGGAAGGGCUUGGGCUUCUGCCAGGCGGCGGGCCCAGGACCGUCGGGGUGGUCCUCGGCCACCACCGCGGGGACCUGAGGGAAAACGUUCUGUCAAACGCGCAUAAGGGCUGCGGGCCGCUCGACCUCUCCGGCAUGACCGCCGUGUCCCGAAACGACGGAAUCACCGUCUUCCGGCCGCUCCUGCCCCUCGAAAAGUCCCUCGUCUUUGACUACGCCCACAGGUUCGGCGUCCCGUACUACAAGGACACGACGCCGCACUGGUCGACCCGCGGAAAACUUAGGAACAAGCUCCUUCCGCUGCUGGAGGAGAUAUACGGGGACGGCAGCAUGAACAAUCUCAGCAACCUAGCGGUGGAGAGCGACGAGUGCCGCGCGCUCAUGAACAAAUCGAUGAUCGCACCCUUUCUGGACUCGAUCGUCCGCAGGCCCAUGGGCAUCGUCCUGGACACCUCUGCCUGGAAGGACCAGCCCCUCUUCUUCUGGAAGGUGGUGCUCCGGGAGGCCCUGCACAGUGCUGGCCUGGGAAUGUUCAGCGACAAAAGCGUGCUGGAAUUUCUAAAGCGGAUCCAGGCAACCAAACCCAAGGCGGCCUGGUUGCAGUGCCGGAAGGACUACGGGGUGUACCUGCAGGAAGACGGAAGGGUAUACGUCUUGUACCCGUCGAGCUUUCCCUGGAGCAAAAAGGAUGCGUACCGUGUCGACGGACAAGGUAAGUGGGUUGCACGGUUCCGGAAACAAACCAAUCGCCCAGUGUUUUUGAGCCACCACCGAAACUAACCGCUGCCUCUUUUUUGCCAGUCGUUGAAUUCGGUACCGACCGGACGGUUGGCUCGUGGAAGGUGCGGUCGGAGGUCCUAUCGGAUUCGGCAAUCGAGUCCCUUUCGCAGCCUCCCGCCGCGUUGCUGGAGAGGAGAGCCGUCCCUUCGAUGGACAGUCUCAUGGACGGGAACAUCGAGUAUUUCGUGAAAGCGUCGACGAGGUUCGAGAAAGACAAAGAGAGCGGUCGGUUCGUUCCGAGGUCGUUGGUCUUCCGUACCUUUAGCAAGGCAGACCGGCCACGGGCCUGGAAGAGCUGCGACCUGAGAAUCCAGAGCACUCUGCCGGUUCUCGGCAACGACAAAGACCUGGAGGGAGCGAUGGAAGACACGGGGGAUCCGGCACAAACGCCUCCCGAUCGUCUUGUCCGCGUUACGAUCGGACUCGUUGCGGACCGGGAGGGCAGCAAGGAGGAGUGAGAACGAUCUUCCGGAGCGAUAGAGAGUGUUCCGAAUCGAGUGCUCGGAACCAAACGGGUGUGUGGCACGAAGAAUAUAUAUGUACAAUAGAUAUAGAAGUUUACGGAGCCCCCGACUGCUUAGUUUUAGUUUUGGUUCGAUUCCAGCAGCAACGUUUGUUUUCGUGCCACCUACCAGUAAUUCUUUCGCUGUCCAAUGCAAUUGUGUUUUGCUUUUGCUGCAUUGUUCGCGUGUUGAUAAUUCUCAUGACGAGGAGCAUAAAGGCAACGAACACGAAGAGACGGCUGAUUCUACUUGAAUAAGGUUACGGGUAGUACCACCAAAUUUUGUUUUCGGCCACCUCUGGUCCUCAAAAUCUAUUUUGUCUGUGGCACGAACUUGCUCUUGCUCGUUGGUUGCCUUCGGACCUAUAUUUUUGUUCUCUGGCUGUACGGGAUACUCUCUUAUGCCAGCAUGGUUGGGAUAUACGUCCCCAAUGGUACAAUUUGCUUUAGAGUCAAGCAUUUGAAAGAGCUUCUUGCUCCUCCGAGUGUCACUUUGCGACAUGUAACAAUUGAAGGAGCCCAGAUAGUGGUAGACCACUAACUGUUUGUGGACCAACUCUCGUGUUGGGUGAUAUGCAUGGCAUCGGCAUCGGCGUACUAGCAGUAGAACAACUUCAAUUAGGUCUUUCGCGGUGCGCAGCCAGUGGAAGUCGAAAGUUGGGUGUACUGUAUGUAGCGUACUGUACUGUACGUUUGUCAUUUGUUCAAUCUUUCAUAGUACUAGCAUAUCAGGAAACUCGUCUUGAAUAACGACUAUUUUUGUACUUUUUAUUCUAUUCAACUUCCAUGAUUUUUAUUACGGUACCGGUAUUCCUCCCCCCUUUUCCACGAACGGUGACAGGAGAAUUCGUCGAGGAUAACUCCUAACUGCUCCACAACUGUAUGAAACGGUAGCUAAAAAUUUCGCACCAAGAAUUUGUCCACAAAGCGUUUCUCGGGCAUCAAUGUUCAGCUUAUUAAAAAUACAGCUCGCUUAUCAUAUUCAUAAUGCCAGGGCCUAUGAAGACACGAAUCGAAACGGUCGGCCAGAAAAUCAUCGAUGCGGGGUUUUACUUCGCACCAAAUUUGUCAUGUUCUCAGACCUAUUCAUGAUAAAAUCUUAGUCUGGGACUGAAGUUUCCGUCACGUCGUCCAUUUUUGGGACAAAAUUCAGGAAGCGAAUAGAUUUCUUCGAAUCAAUCACUCUUCAUAUUGCUUCAAAAGUUAGCGUUUCACUUGAACGAAACUUCAUUCCGUUGCGAGUUUGUGCAAACGAAUAAGAGAUAGGGCACCAUGAGGGAUAUCGACCCCGCUUUGACGGAAUCGGACUACUAUUUCGAUAAAGCUCUACUUUAUCCAGAAUUUGCUCCGCAAUUUUCGUACAGUCGCAAAAUUUGGCUCCAUACAUCGAAACCAUCGUUCCACAGAAACAAUGCUGAUGAGACUGUAUUCGUACAUCGUAUGCAUCAUGAGAAGGAUCAACGGGACUCCCCUGUUGGCAUUGGAGCGAACGGUACAAUCACUUGUUCGACGACCAACGAAGAUCUGGAGUCGCAUUCCCAUUGCGGAAGUUUGGCCUACAGUGUGGAAAGUUGGCCUUUGGGGAAUUACCUUGACGAUGAAUGCCGUGAACAAUAUGAUGGCAAUGUUGAAGUUGAAGUUGAUCUUUUUUUGGCGGAAGUAGCGCACGAUUCUGAGGUUUUCGACGUUUGUUUUCGCCCUCUUGCGUGGGUGAUUUCUCUAUUCAAACAGUCUUCCAGAAAGGAUGCGUCCCUACAAAUUGAUGAUCGAGAAAGAUACACUUAUGAUCGAGACACAAGACAUAACUGUGAAUCGAAAGAAUACGACAACUGUUAUGAAUAUAUCAGAUAACUUUUCAUCUGAGAUGACAAUGAUGGAGAAGAUGCACUAGAAAAAAUACCGUCGUCUAAAACUCUAUCCCGCUUUUUAAACUCAUCAUUGCACAUAUUUUUCGGUAUAGAAACAAAGCGAUGCAUACCUCAUCAAUCUAGGAGUGACCACAUUCCAAUCUAAUUGAACCCAUAGACAAGAGAAAGAUCACUAUUAAUUCAACCUGACAAUAAAAUCUAGUUCCAGAGAAAUUUUUGAUGAGCAAGAAUUUUGGCAUAAAAAAUAGGUAGUAGUCACAGCACCGCAGCGACAUCAUCAUUUAUCCAAAAUAGAGUUAGUGUGAAUUG